CCCGAGCUCGGGUUGGGACACCGGGUCGGUGCCGCUUCUGCAUGCACUCCACCUGUCUCUGACAAAAUUGUGAAUCCUAUUUACACGAACCCACUACGUGUCAACUGCCCGAACCUUGAGUUGGUGCCUUGUAACAUGUAAAAGAAGAGAGAUCGAGACGGAGAGGUGAAUUUGCACACUGCUAAACUGCAUCAAUCACUCGCAUAUCAUAAACACAAGUAACAAACGAGAGAGAGAGAUGGCAGCCGGGAAUGAAGAGUGGAGGAAAACGGCAGACACUCACAAAAUGAGUCCAGAGGAAGUCAAAGGGGCAGGAGUGGAGGGAUCAAAAAGGCCACCUGGCCAUAACCCUGGGGGUGUUCUUCACCAGAGGCGCAACCUUCCUUUUAGCGCCACUGGGAUGCUCCUCGGUGGCUUCCUCAUCUGCACCACCAUAGGCUACUUCACCCUCUGCGCCUUGAAAAAACCCGAAGCCUCUGCACGAGAUGUUGCCAGGGUUUCCACCAAUAUCGCCGACCCUGAGGACACAAAACCCAGGCCGGGUGACACAGUGCCCACGCCAGGCCGGAAGGGAACUAGUAGUAGCGCUGUCCAUUGAGCACUAAUAAU